CACGUUGUUACCAGUGUCUGCCCUCGCUCCAAUUCCACUCCCUCUCUCCCAGCUUCCCUCCCUCCCUCCAUCCCUCUCUCUCCGCUGACAGUAUAGCUAUCUAUCUUCCACUCACAUCGCAGUCUCUGUCAGUAUCCGCGGUAUGAGCGCUAUAGGCCUAAUGGCGCGAAGCAUGGCAUCUCUGCGUCCGAAAGGAAUCGUUUCAGCGCACCUGUGCUUGGCCGUGGUUAUCGCCUGGAUGUCAUUGAUGAGACCCAUGCUAUGUGACAGCGGCGUUUUACAUCGGAGCGACGGGGAUCGUCUGUUUGACAGCCGCGGCGCUGUAGGCAUAGACGGGGUUGACGGAGUGUUCGGACCGGGCUUGGGUGAUAAUGAUGGGGACGCGGGCGACGUGGAAUCCCCGCGCUUCAGGAGAGCACUAUCCCAAGAGAAAGUGUCCCUGCUCAGCAGCUCGUUCGUGCUCAAAGGGGAUGCUACUCACAACCAGGCGAUGGUGCACUGGACUGGAGAGAACAGCAGCGUCAUCCUCAUCCUGACCAAGUACUACCACGGUGACUCCAGCAAGGUUCUGGAGAGCUCCCUCUGGAGGUCUAGUGACUAUGGCACCACCUACAGCAAGCUAAACCUGAUGCCUGGGACAACUAUCGUGGUCUCUAACUUCUAUAUCUGCCCCAUCAACAAGAAAAAGGUGAUCCUAGUGAGCUCCUCCAUUAACGAGCGUGACCAGAUGCUGUUCAUUAGUACAGACGAGGGCUCCUCGUUCCAGCGACAGCCCCUCUCCUUCACCGCGGAGACCCUCCUCUUCCACCCCAAGGAGGAGGACAAGGUGCUGGCUUACUGCAAGGAGGGAAAGCUCUAUGUGUCCACGGAUUUGGGCCGGAAGUGGACUCUAAUGCAGGAACGAGUGACCAAGGACAGGAUAUAUUGGUCUGUGGCUGGUGUAGAUGUGGACCCUGACUUGGUGCAUAUGGAGAUGCAGGACACAAGUGGAGGGUACCUGUACGUGACCUGUCUGAUCCAGAACUGCUCAGACAAGAUGGUGACGGCUCAGUUCCUGGGGAAGAUCGACCACAACUCUCUCUCAGUCCAAGACGACUACGUCUUUGUCAAGGUGACCACAGGAAACCGCACCAAGCACUACGUUUCAUACCGACGGAAUGAGUUUGUCCAGAUGAGGUUCCCUAAAUACGCCCUACCAAAGGACGUCCACAUAGUGAGUACGGACGAGAGCCAGGUGUUCCUGGCCCUGCAGGAGUGGUACCAGACAGACACCUACAACCUGUACCAGUCGGACCCGCAGGGCGUCUACUACUCCGUCGUGCUGGAGAACGUCCGCAGCGCCAAGCAGCCGGAAGAGAGCGCCCUUAUAGACAUACUGGAGGUCCGCGGGGUCAAAGGCGUCUUCUUGGCCAAUCAGAAGGUGGAUGGCAAAGUGACGACUCUCAUCACCUAUAACAAAGGCCGAGACUGGGAACCCCUUGCCCCGCCUACCAUUGACAUGAACGGCAAGCCAGUCACCUGCCAAUCACCUGACUGUCACCUCCACCUCCACCUGCGCUGGGCUGACAACCCUUACGUAUCAGGGACCGUCCACACCAAAGACUCCGCCCCCGGACUCAUCAUGGGUGCAGGUAACCUGGGAUCCCAGCUGGUGGAGUAUAAAGAAGAGAUGUACAUCACCUCUGACUGUGGGAAAACUUGGAGACAGGUGUUUGAGGAAGAGCAUCACAUCCUGUACCUGGACCAUGGAGGGGUCAUUGUUGCCAUCAAAGACACCUCCAUCCCCCUCAAAAUACUCAAGUUCAGUAUCGAUGAGGGAAGGACGUGGAUCAUCCACAACUUCACCAGCACCUCGGUUUUCGUCGAUGGACUUCUGAGCGAACCGGGAGAUGAGACCCUGGUCAUGACGGUGUUUGGUCACAUCAGUUACCGGUCAGACUGGGAGCUUGUCAAGGUGGACUUCAGACAGUCAUUUCCCAGACAGUGUACUGAGGCCGACUACGACUCCUGGAAACUCACUGACCUGAAGGGAGAGAAGUGCAUUAUGGGUCAGGAGAGGAGUUUUAGGAAGAGGAAGGACACCGCAUUCUGCAUCAAGGGGAAGAGCUACACCUCCGCCCUCACUACCAAGACCUGCCAGUGCUCCGAGAAAGACUUCAACUGUGACUACGGGUUUGAGCGUGCCCAGAGCCUGAAGACCGAGGGAGAUAGAUGCUUUGCUGACUUCUGGCACGACCCAGACUCGCCACCUGACGACUGCCAUCUGGGACAUGACUUCGAGUCCAGCACAGGGUACAGGAAGGUUGUGUCCAACAUGUGUGAGGGGGGAGUAAACAAGCAGCAGAGCGCCAAGCAGCACACCUGUCCUCUGCUGCCUCCCAGAGGCCUCCAGCUGGGUAUAAAGGGGCAGAUACUGGCUGUGGCGCCUGGUGAUGACAUCACCUUCAUCGUCCACCAGGAACAGGGUGACACCAGCAACACUAAAUACCAGGUGGACCUGGGUGACGGGGUGAGGGCCAUCUACCAGAACCUGACAGUGACAGACGAGCCCAUCCAGCACCGCUACGAACAGCUGGGGGUGUACCGUGUCACUGUCAAGGCCGAGAACAUGGCCGGACACGACCAGGCCACCAUGUACAUCCAGGUCACAGCCCCUCUACAGGAAGUUCACCUGGAAGUAGUUCCCAUUGCUGGGGUUAACCAGGAAGUCAACCUGACAGCUGUGGUGCUUCCUUCAGAGGCCAACCUGACUGUCUUCUACUGGUGGAUAGGAGACAACCUACAGCCCAAACUGUCCCUGGAGAAUAGUCUGAUAACGCAGUUCCCUGCGGAAGGAGAGGUGUCUGUCACUGUCCAGGCCUCUAAUGGACGCUCCAUGGUGCAGGACACCAAGACAGUCCGCAUCUACGACCUUUUCCAGGUCAUCCCUCUGGCCUUCAGCAGUAACCUGGACCUCCUCAACCCCAACAUUCCAGAGUGGAGGGAGGACGUGGGUCAGGUGGUCACCAGGAUUCUGGCCAAGAUCACAGGUGUCCCCCAGGAGUCCCUGGUAACCAUGGUGAAGCCGGGCCUGCCCACCACAGCCGAGCUGUACAUUCUCCCACCAGAGAGCAAGCCUGCUAAGAGGAGUGUAUUUGUGGAUAAGCGUAUCCCUGCCAUUAAGCAGGCCUUUAAUGAGAACAACGUUAGCUUCUUCGUACGAGGAGGUCUACAGGUGUUGGUGACCUUAGCUGAUCCUAACGCAGGACUAAUAGCUAAUGACUCGUCCCCGAGAGCGACGGAGAUUGGUUCUCAGGGUGGAGUGGCAGGUCCAGGUGUCUGGGCUCUGGCUGUCAUCUUCCUCAUCAGCGUCAUCGCUACUGGAUCCUUCAUCCUCUACAAGUUCAAGAGUCCUUGGCUUAGGACUGAGGAUGCCUAUCCUCCACUAUUUUUCAGAAAGCUGCCUGGCCGAAAUGUGUAUGCCCAGAUGCACAACGAGAAGGAGCAGGAGAUGACCAGCCCUGUCAAUCACAGCGAGGACACGCAGCACAUCAUCCAGGGGGAGGAGUUUAUCGACGACGAUCUGGACUCGCAGACUCUAGGUAACGCAGGAGGUAGCCCCGCCUUCCGUUCCCUUAUAAGGACUAAUCCCUACUACUACUAACAGAAAAGCCUGCUACUACUCACAAGCCCAUGCAGCUAACGCAAGGUAACCACUCGGGUGUGGUGCUGAGCAUCAACUCCAGAGAGCUGCACAGCUACCUGACCAGCUGAUGGCUGAACAAGGACACACUAACCAGCUAGCCAUGCUAAAGAGCUAGCCAUGCUAACGAGCACAGGGAACUCUACUCUGCCUUCCUUCUCUGUCUCUCCGUCUGACCAACCAAUCCACCACUCCCCUUACAGAGGAAGAGAAACCACCAUAGUACUACAGUCUAGCAGUACUCUCUCUCUCUCUCUCUCUCUCUCUCUCUCUUCUCUCUCUCUCCUUCUCUCCAUGGCCCCUCGCUCCCUUGUUACGGCUCUCGGUCUUGCCACUGGACCAGAGGGACACUUACUGUAUCCUCCGUUCUGCUUCUCCCUCAAUCGCUCUACCCCCCCUCCAUUGCGUUACUGUAACAUCAGGGGUGUGGGCCAACUCUGCUUUUUACCCAGUGUUCUCUGCACCCAGUGUCCGUUGCACCCUGUGUCGUGUUUGCUCGGUGUGUUCUCAUUGGUUAAACCCCGCAGAGACUGAUUGGACACCACCCAGUGAGGAUGGACAGUUCCGACAUCACAGAGAGGAAGCCCCACCCACUGGCCUGCUAUUUAAAACGCUCUGUACUGUAAGACUCAUCUUUUCACUGACUGUUUUCACACACUAGGUAGUUCCCAGAUAUCAUAGUACACUAGUAGAAGAAGGAUAGCGGGGUACACAAUAUGACCAAAACAGAGCCAUGCAAUGACCAGGCCAUAGCUGUGAAAAGUACAUCAUUCUCACACACAGUUUGGGUACUGUGGUUUAGUAGUGGAGAAAAGAGAGGUAAAUAUGUUAUUAAUAGCUUUGUUUACAACUCUGGGGGAUCCUACAAAAUGAAGAGAAGGUUUUUAGGAGAAUAUUAUUUGUAUUUUUUUAAACAAUCCCAUAAUUUACAAUUGACGCCAUCUCUGUUUCUCUCUCUCACUUAAAUGCAAUAAUACUCUUUCUCAGGAAAGAAUUAGAUGAAAUGCCCCCUUUAAAUCUGCAGGGUUGUUAUAUGAAGGAUAGGGUGUGGAAAGGGAGCAGUCUGAACCAAUAAUGUACAUAAACCCUGGAUUGCUGAAGCAAUGUAUUGGCCAUUAAGAGGCUUUGAAGCCACCGGUCGGCCAUAUUGGCACUCCCCAGUAGGAGCAGUCUUCCAUAGGAAUUAAUGGAAUUCUACAGUAUCUCAAUUAAAUGUUUCAAGGCCAAAAUUACAUGUAUUUAAAUAUUUUUUUUUGUUGUAGAGGGGAAAGUAACAUUUAGCAACAGAAAAAUAUAUAUACUUUAAGGGAAAUGUUUAUAUAUUUAUAUAUAUUUGAAUGUUUAGCUCACAUAAUAUAAUUUAAAAGUAUGCUUUAACGUGUCUGGAAUAAAAUACGUCUGACAAAAACAAAUGUAGACAUUAAUAAAUGCAUUUCUAUAGCUUCCAAAAUAUUUUUUACACUGGUGGGGGAGUGCCAAGAUGGAGGCACAGUGGCGUCAACACAGCGCCCCAGAAUCAGUCAUCUAGUGUAUAUAUAAAUCAUUGGUCGGAACUGAGGCAAGGUUGCGUUCUUGAAAAUAAUGCAAUUACCCAAAUAGGCACUAAGGGGUGGUGUUGCACUGUUUUUAAAUCCCAGAUACAGGUAUUUCAGAGUCGAGCUAACAUGAAGCAUGUGGGAAAAUCUUCAUUCAUUCACCGUUAUUUACAUACAGUCCUUGUUGAAACGGUCUCCAUUUGUCAUACAGCAAUGUAUAACAAUGCUCUAUAAUAAUGAAAUGUCAUUUUUAUGUUUUACGGUACUUGAUUACUAGGUGAGGUUAAAGGAGUGACACUUUGUAUGGUGUUUGAUAUUUUAGCAAAGCUACAGCAUGUCACGUCCCUGGUUAAAAGAAAAAGUAAUUGUUUGUCCCACCGUGCCUAAAAAGACGCAGACUCCUCUGCUCUAUGACAUUUCCUUUGCAUUUCCUCUACUUAUUUAUUUACUAAUAACAAUUUGACCGCGCCGCCAAGUUAACCCCCGGGUCAGAGGUCAACGCGAGUUCAUUUCCCCAGAGACUAAGGUCGUCGUCAUGGAGAGCGUCAUGGAGAUAAAAGGUGUGGCUGUCGUUACAUGAGCCUAUAUUAGGCAGAGUUAGCAGUGGUAUGGUGGUAGGUCUCCUAUAUAAUUUGGUUUGUGUACAUAGAUGUUUAUAUGAAAAACCUCCCACUGUAUAUAGUCACUUGAGUGUGAGUAUUUUACACUAAUAUGAAAACACACACAUCUUUCUGGAUGCCCCCUUCACUGAAUCCCCCAUCACAGUAAAAUGACACAGGGAGCUUUCUCAUUACCCAUUGCUUGCUUCUCGUGUAUCAGCAUUAUUUCUGUGUAUAGCGAAGUACCAAGACUUUUAUAGGUAGGCUACUUUUUGUUGUAUCCAUUGUUUAACUGGAAAGGAUCGCUCACGAUCAAAUCUACAGCCUUCACUUCUGCACUCGUGCUAUUGCAUUUGGGAUACAUUUGGUUUCAUUCCUGUAAAAACGUGAAGUAAAUCUUAGUCAGUAGCUUUCCUUCCCAUUGCACAUUUCCCAAAGACAUUUCAUUUACACCAACGAUGUAGUCUUGAGGGAGUGCAGUCCAGGGAGAAGUGUACUUCACAUAUUGGGGCCAUAUGAUGGGGUUGUCUCGAUUGAGGCAGAGUACACCCGUCUUAGUGACAAAUGCUGAGAGUCAAUCUCAAGCUUCCCAGUGAGUCAGUUACAUUCAUGAUAAUGUAGGCCUAUCUGAUACGAACAGACAGUACACCACACUGGACUAUUCGAUUUGAUUCUCUGUUCUUCAUCUUUUGUACAUAUAUAUAUAUAUAUAUAUGCUCAUAUUUGGCUUGUUCUUAGUUUUCUAGUGACGUCUGUUAUUACCCCCCCCCCCCCUUGUGGGGAUCAAGAGAAUCCAACGUAUCCUGAAGGAGAUUCACUGUUGACAGACUAUGUGAGAUUGACCGCAGUUGUAUUAAUAUUUUUGGGUUUGUUUGAUUUUUUGGUCAAUUAAAAAUGUGUUGAAGUCCUCAACAGAAAGUGUAUCGCACUUAACCCUGCAUUCUGGAAUAAAUCACUCCCCUAACUGUA